AUGAGAUACGGCAAAGUCGCAGUAUUUACUCGUCCAGGUGAACCUGUGAAAAUUGUUGAGGAGAAAGUUCAAAAGCCAGCGCCUGAUGAGUUAUUGGUGCGAGUAUCAAUAGCCGGAGUCUGUGGCAGUGAUGUGCAUAGGUUGAAGGGUGACAUCCCUGUCAAUGCUGAGGCAGUGUGCUUUGGACAUGAGGCCGUUGGCGUGAUUGAAAGCCUUGGUGCUGAAGUCAAAACCGACCGUGCUGGCGCACCAUUGUCCGAAGGAGAUAUGCUUUAUUGGAUGCCUUUGGCACCUUGUGGUGUUUGCUCGGAGUGUAGUGCGUCCAACCUCAUACACUGUCGCAAUCUUGACUGGCCACCACCUAUCGGAAAGCCAAACGGAGCCUGCUUUAGGCAAUUCGCGACUCUCAACAAAAAAUGUGUCUAUAUCCGGGUAUCUCCGAGUGUUGCGCCUGAAAAUAUCAUUGUAUUUGGGUGUGGAAUGCCAACGGCUUUGAGAGGUUUGAAGCAGCUUGGCGGUAUUAGACCUGAUUCAGAUGUUGUCAUACAAGGCUCCGGUCCUGUUGGCCUAGCAUGCAUACUCUUGGCAAGCCUGGCCGGUGCCCGCUCUGUCAUCGUGACUGGUGAUCCGAACGGUCGUCUUGAAGCUGCAUCGGCAUUAGGUGCUACUUGUACAAUGUCCGUUGCAAAUACAACCACCGAGGAGAGAUUGGAAAGGGUGAAACGUCUCACCGCAGGCCGUGGGGCAAGCAUUGUCAUUGAGGCGGCUGGAACUGCUGCUGCAUUUCCCGAGGGUUUUAACCUUCUUGGCAUGAAUGGCAAAUAUCUGAUUCUGGGGCUAUAUUCAGGCAGCGCCACAGCACCAGUUGACCCCGUGCGCAUUAAUAAUCUCAAUUUACACAUUAUUGGCAGCUUGGGCAUCGAUGCGGACGGUUUCAAGAAAACGGUGGAGAUCGCAUCUGAACAUGGCAGUCGACUACAUUUUGCCGACCUUAUCACCCAUCGAUUUUCGCUGGAUCGCCUCGAAGAAGCUCUUGGUUUAGUUGAGCAGGGAAUCCCUAUCAAAGCUGUGAUUGUGCCGAACUGA